GCCCAGCCGCUCCCGGCAUGGGGGAUCUUCUCGGACCGGGGCACGAACCCGUGUCCCCUGCAUCGGCAGGCGGACUCUCAAACACUGCGCCACCAGGGAAGCCCGGCACUGCAGCUUUUUAAGCACUUUUUAAGCACUCUCUGUGUUCAGAGUCAGGGCACCAGGUCCACUGCUUUGUUUUGUAGUCAAAUAAAAAUAGUUCCCCCCUCCCCCUGCCCCAGUCAUAAAGAGAGUUACCUACUCAGUGCAGAACAUUAUUCAAUACAAGAAACACCUUAAGAUGCUAAUACUCACAUGAAAUUACUGUUAAACAUUCUUGUGAACUUUCUUUUAGUAACACAUUCUGGAUGAAUACCCUUCAUAUGAACAUUUUUACUGCUGUACUUCCAUGUUUCUUAUAAUCUGCUUUCUUUAACACUUAAUAUGGGGACUUCCCUGAUGGUCCAGUGGUUAAGAAUCGGUUUUGCAAUGCAGGGGUUGCCGGUUCAAUCCCUUGUUGGGGAACUAAGAUCCCACAUGCCGUGGGGCAACUAAGCUCGUGUGCCACAAUUAGUGAGCCCGCGUGCCACAAGGAAAGAUCCCACAUGUGGCAACUAAGACCCAACGCAACCAAUAAAUAAAUAUUAAACAAAAAAAAGAAUUGAAAGCAGGGACUAGAACAUAUAUAUAAACUUAAUAUGUUAGGGAGAUCAUCCUGUAUCUAUAACGGAGUGAAAAUCAUCUUCUGAAUGACCAGUUAAUCUUUCUGCAUCAGUCUCUCCCAGAGCCCCCAGCAAUGGCUGAAUUCUUGUAAACCUGGGAUGGAAUGGUAUUUGAAGAGACAGGGAGUCAGCUAGGUCACCAAAAGGAAAAUAUCAAGGCAGAGCUGGCAUCUUUUUCUGUCCCAGUCCUCGUCUUUGCCGAUCAUCCUUGUCUCCUCAGCGGUCUUUCCUUACCUUCAAGAGCUGCCUUGGGAAUUCCUUGGUGGUGCAGUGGUUGAGAAUCCGCCUGCCAAUGCAGGAGACACGGGUUUGAGCCCCGAUCUGGGAAGAUCCCACAUGCCGUGGAGCAACUAAGCCCGUGUGCCGCAACUACUAAGCCUGUGCUCUAGAGCCGCGAGCCACAACUACUGAGCCCGUGUGCCACAACUACUGAAGCCCGCGUGCCUAGAGCCCGUGCUCUGCAGCAAGAGAAGCCAUUGCAAUGAGAAGCCCGCACACCGCAAGAAAGAGUAGCCCUUGCUCGCCACAACUAGAGAAAGCCUGCGUGCAGCAGUGAAGACCCAGUGCAGCCAAAAAUAAAUUAAAAAAAAUAAUAAUAAAAUAAAGCUGCUUUCCACCAGGGAAGACUAGCCGGCUUCUCUCUAGGUAUGGCUCAGCUUCUUGGGGAUAUUUAUUUGGUCAUGCAAGAAAUAAAACCAGCCCUUCACCUCCUGAAAGAACCUCUUGCCUAUUGCCUCUAGCCCAGAGGGAUCUAACUUUCCAUUUCUGCUUGGUUCUUCAUUUUUUUCUAGUACUUUUACACAGUGACCUCCUUAAUCCUUCUUGUUGCUUUUGGCAAAACUGGUUAUUCUAACCCUGGUGUAAGGCUUGUGGCUUCAAAGUCAGCAUUUCCCCAAUAAGGUUUUUCAGCCACCCAACCCCAGAGCUCCAGGCUUCCUUCUGCUCUGCCCAGUGGCCGCUUUACUGUGGUCAUUAUCUGUUUUCCUUCCUAUGUUCUGACUUCGAGGCUCAGGCAGUCGAGUAUCUCUUGUGCGACUUCCUUUUGAUUUGGGUAUCAAGAGCAUAGGAGAGAAGCGAUGCAGUCCCAGCCCUGGAGGAACCUAUAGUCUGGUGGACACCCAAGGCCAAGGGAAAAGCUUGUAGGAGCCCUUGAAAAGAAGCAGGAAAAAAAAUGCAAAACAACCAUAAUGCUUUCCAUCUGUGCUCCGAAGCCCUUUCUCAUACAUUAUUUUCCACAGUGCAGAGCACAUCCGUGAUAUGGAAAAUGUGGAGUGGUGGCAUACUCGGGAAAGGCUUCCGUCUCAAUCUGGCCUGCAGCCCCCAAGAGGUCGUCUUGUUUGGCUUCAUUCAUUCAUUCUUCCUCAAAUACAUAUCGAGCUCCUACUACAUGCCAGGCACCUCUCCCCUUAGUUGUCUACAGAAUUCACGCCAUCUCUCAUGUUCCAUUGCCCUCCAUCUUUUCUGCUUAUUCCCAAUGCUUUGCCUCAAUCCCACCUAUAGUGGUUUCUAUUCAUCUCCUCUUAUUCUAUUUUUGGUGGAAAGGGGAGCUGUUGCUCCCCAGUUACCAUAUAAUAACCCUUCAGAGUCUGUUAUUAGGCAUCCUUGGGGCUGCCGUAUUUACCUUUUAAUAAAGCCGAGUUUCUCUGCUCUCCUAUACGGGGGCUGACCAAGGCUGUAAAGGGAGGCGCCCUCUGUAAGCCUCCUGCUGGCUGUGCCAGGCUGGGAGGGAAAGGGUGCACACAGCAGUGCCCGUUGUGUGGAACAGAGCCAGCUGGAGAAUAAUCGCCCGAUUUAGUGUGAAAACCUGAUUCAGGUGGGACAGGUGCUGCCGGGGUGGGAGGGUGUCUGUGUGGUCAUGGCAGAUCAGAGAGAACUUUCAAAGCACACUGUCCAGUGUUUAGUGACCUGGAAUGCGUCUCCCUGUCCACCGUGUCCUGUUGACAGCUGCUCAUUCCCAGGCUUGGUAGACCUGACGUGCCCAGUCCAUUCCCCCUAGGUGUCCCAGAUCAGAGAACUGCGGGAGAUGUGGGCUCCUCCAGAGCGAGAUGUGAAUCAGCUUUAGAUGAAGCCUGGAGUUGUCCUGCGGUCCUCACAGAAACUGCCUCCUGGAGAUAGACUUCUCCUCUUGGGUGUGAGCUGAAGCUGGACUGACCUUGGGGAAAGGAGGUUGUAUCAGUCAGGUUCUUGGUUAUAAGCAACAGAGCCAGAACUUGAAUUUAAGGAGAAGGGAAUGUAUGGAGAGGAUUUUGGAGCGCGCACAGACUUCACACCAACGCUGGGCAAGUAGGCUUGGAAAAUGAGAACAAAGGAGGCACUGCAGCCGGAACCCAGGCCUAAAUGACAAUCCAGAAAUGGUCUGGCAAAGACCCUCGAUGCACUGUGGCACCUCCAGCACCGGCAGCUUUACUGUGGGCAGUUGCCACUGGUACCCUUAUCAGCAUUGCCCCAGACACGGGGUGUGGCUGCCUCUGUCAGAAGGGGUUUCCAUGUUCUCCUUCUUGCAUCACUAGUUCCCUAUUUAUUGUCAGGCUUGGGGUAUCUGAUGGCUCAGCCUAGGGGUCCUUUGCCCAGGCUUGGAAGACAAACAUCUAGUGUUUUCAGCUUCUACAUUCACGGAUGAUCCUUGUCACUCUCAGCUCAUAAGAUGGGGAACUCCCCCAAUCUAGAAAGUACUGGAUGCUUAAAAGCUGACUAAUGCACAUGAAAGGGGUCCUGGGAGUGAAAGAGCAUCACGGUGGAUGCUCUGAACUGGUCUGCCUAACUGUAGCUGGCAGCUGUUACAAAACUGAACCACCCGCCAGCAGUGGGCGAAGUGCUUUUCCAUCCUGCAUGCCCUCAGGUCCCCACCACAACCUUGUGAGAUGGUGGGGACAUGAAGGAGGGCAAAUAGUAGUGUCAGUUAUGAAGGAGGUUUGGCACUCGGGCUGAGGAGUUUGGAGGUGAAGAGGACACUGCACAUAUCUGGGCAGGAAAGCCCACGUGGCCUCACAAGACUGUGCUUGUGGAAAACUAGAACCGAGCUGACACUGAGAUCAUCCUCCUGCCGUCCUGUGUCCUUUCUCCUUCCUUCCCUGCCACAUGGCGUCUUGGCCGUCUUUAGCUGGGGAGCCUCAGGAGUCCUCACUGAGCUGGUGUGCCCGCCUCUGCUCCUGUGGGGUGUCCCCUACAUUUCAGGGCUUACCCAGGGGCUUUCCCACAUGCCCAUCCAACAUCCCCCCAGCACGGGCUGGCGAAGUGUCUACCUUGCCCGGGGUCCAGAUGGCACUCAGUACUGAUGACCCCAACUCUCUGCCUCUCCCUGCAGCCGUUAAGCACAGCCGGCAUCCUGAGCUCCUCCUCUACCACUUCCAACAGGUUAAGGAAUAGGCCUUGCUAUCGGACCAAAGCCCUGAACUCCGAGGUGGAUGAGAGCCUCUUCGGAGCCAUCAAGCCUCUGACCCAGAGCGACGGCCCCAUCGUGCUGCUCCGAGAUAAGCAUGCCAUUCGGAAAAAUCUCACUGCCCUGGGCUUGGACCACAAGCCAGAGACCGUCCAGCUCAUCACCCGGGACAUGGUCCGGGAGCUCAUCAUCCCCACCAAGGACCCCUCCGGGGAGUCCCUUAUCAUGAGCCCUGAGGAGUUUGAGCGGAUCAAAUGGGCAUCCCACGUGCUGACUAGAGAAGAACUCAAGGCCAGGGAGCAGGCCUUCAAGGAGGAGAAGGAAGCCAUUGUGGACGCAGUGACCACACGCAAGAAGAUCAUGAAACAGAAGGAAAUGGUUUGGAGGACCAGCAAGAAGCUCAACAAUCUGGAGGAGGUGGCCAAGGACAGGGCCCAGAACCUCCUUCAGAGAGCCAGGCAGCUGCGGAUGGAGCAGGAGGAGGAGCUGAAGGACGUGAGCAAGAUCAUCCUCAACGCUAAGUGCCACGCCAUCCGGGAUGCCCAGAUUCUGGAGAAGCAGCUGAUCCAAAAAGAGCUGGAUGCAGAGGAGAAGCGGUUGGAUCAGAUGAUGGAGGUGGAGCGGCAGAAAUCCGUUCAGAGGCAGGAGGAGCUGCACAGAAAGAGGCGGGAAGAGAGCAUCCGAGGAAGACGGCACAUUGUGGAACAGAUGGAAAAGAAGCAGGAGGAGCGAUCGCUGCUUGCCGAGCAGCAGCAACAGGAUAAGGAGCAGAUACGGGCGUAUAUGGAGCAGCUCCAAGAGGAGGAUCUAAGGGACUUGGAACGAAGACACCAGCAAAAGCUGCAGAUGCAGGCUGAGAUCAAACGCAUCAAUGACGAAAACCAGAGGCAGAAAGCAGAGCUGCUGGCUCAGGAGAAGCUGGCAGACCAGAUGGUGAUGGAAUUUACCAAGAAGAAGAUGGCUCGAGAAGCAGAGUUUGAGGCUGAGCAGGAGAGAAUCCGGAGGGAGAAAGAGAAGGAGAUCGCCCGCCUGAGGGCAAUGCAGGAGAAGGCCCAGGAUUACCAGGCAGAGCAGGAUGCCUUGCGGGCCAAACGCAACCAGGAGGUUGCCGACAGAGAGUGGCGCAGAAAGGAAAAGGAAAACGCACAGAAGAAGAUGGAAACUGAGGCCAGACUGCGGAAAAGUCGGCAAGAACAGGUGGCUUUCAAGGAGCACGCUCUGGCCGUUCAGGUGCAACGGGACCGGGAUGAGUUCGAGAGGAUUCUUCGGGCUCAGAGAGAGCAGAUUGAAAAGCAGCAGCUGGAGGAGGAGAAAAAGGCCAGGGGGCGCUUACAGUAUGCCAAUGAGCUCCAGCGCCAGGUGCGGGAGAACCAGCAGAAGCAGCUGCAGGACCGGAUUGCCACCUUCGAGGAAGGCCGGCGCCUCAAAGAGGAGGCCCAGAAGUGGCGUGAGCGCAUUGAAGGCAUCAAGAAGAAAAAGAUAGAGGAGCUGAGAGCCACCGGCCUUCCUGAGAAGUACUGCACUGAAGCUGAGCGCAAAGCUAACAUCCAACCCGACACCUCUGUGGACUGAGGGUGCCUCUCGGCCCCUCAGGAUGCCUUCAGCGGGCAGCUUCCUCCCAGGCUCUCGGUGUCCAUAACUGCAGCUAAUCUAGACACUUCUGAGUUACAGAUUAAAUCUAUUCUACUUCUCUAA